UUCUAUCACACACACACACACCACACACUUUCUCUCUACUUUCUCCCUGACACAGUGACACGUAGCCCAACGCUCGCUGACCCCCAACUUAUCUCUGCCACCUGCUGAGUUCUCACAGGCCCCACCAAUUGAAACUUGAGGAAAGGCUGACGUGCGACGGCAACGGAGGGACACAGAGAUGGAGGUGAACAGACAGGUGGACACACAGACCUGAGACGACAUCUAAACCUGCACUUGACCGAGACUCAAAGAGCGUGAUACACGGCAGUCGGCUGACGACAGACUACUUACUGAGGCAAAAUGAAGAUAUUGCUAGUGGUCGUGCUUUCUUCACUCAUAGUGUCCAUCCUUGCUGAUGAGGAGGCUCCACCGGACAGCGCCCUGCCAAGCCUGACUGAUACCCCAGCAGCAGAAGCCUUCAUCAACUCAGACGAUGUUGCCGUGAUCGGCUUCUUUGAGGGAGAGGAGAGCUAUGGCUAUAAGGAGUUUUUGGAAGCCGCUAAAGAGGUGAAGCCCAUCCCAGUGGCCGUGUGCAGUGAUAAGGAAGUGUGGACCAACUACAGAAUUGAGUCAGACACCAUCGCCAUCUUCAGAAAGGUGGAUGUGGCCCAAGAGAAUCUGCCUUCGGAUGCAAAGAAAGUGGAUGCUGAUGGAUUGACACGCUUCAAAAUGAAUAACAUCCGCUAUUUAACAGAAUACAAUCAAGUGACUGCCGUGGGCCUGUUUCAGUCUCAGGUGAAGACGCAUAUCCUGCUCUUCGCCAACAGGGGGAGUUCUGACUACUCCGCGCUGCAGAAGAAGCUGGGGGCUUUGGCUCCAGACUUCAGUGGAAAGUUCCUCUUCGUCCUGGUGAAUGGGGCAGUGAAAGGUAACGCCCGCUCCCUGGAAUACUUUGGCCUGGUGUCACGUGACCUGCCGCGCGUGGGCCUCUACGACAGCGACCUGGACAAGAAGUGGCUCAUGCCGGAGGGGAAGAUCACCAAAGACGGCGUGCGCGCGUUCUGCCAGUCCUUCCUGGAUGGAAAACUCCAGGAAACAAAAGAAGCGGGCGAACCCGAAGCUAAAACCGAGCUCUGAGAAUACUGUCUAAUCUGAAUAAAAACCUUUUUACUGUGAAAACAUAA